GUAAAUGCGAGAUAGGAAAAAGGAGAAAAUUUAAUUUCCAUAGAUCACGAUAGGUUGCGAAGGAUCCGGUGUCAUAGGAAUUCAGUUGCUGUCCGUUAAUAAUUGUCAAUUCUGUAGGUCAAAAAAUAAACAUUUCAAAUGGGUGAUCUUCUGAAGAGCAACCCAAUAUUCACAAAACUUGGUUUCGAUGAAAGUAAUCAAUGGAUAUUGUAUGCGGAUGGCAUGCAAAAUUUCUUCAAUUGGAUGGCAAACAACAUAACCGAAAGUAAUAUCCCGGCCGAUGCUGAAAUAUAUGAAGAAAACAAUUUGAAAGAACGUGCCCAAUGGUUUGACGGUGAAGAAUUGGAAGACAUGCUUGAAAGUCUUGAAGAGAGACAUCCCGGAAUUUUGUCUUACACUGAUAAAGAUCUCAAUAAUAUGAAAAAUGAAAUUAGGGAGUUGGAGGACAUGGAAAGGAGCUACAUGCAACUUAAUGAGAAAUUAGAGAAAACCAAAGCCAAUCUGAAUCGGGAAAUUAGCGAUCUUGAACUUUCCGUGCAUGAUACUGAGAAUCGUUUAGAACAAGCCACAUGCAGCGCUAUGGAAAAGGCGAAAGAGCUGCAGGAAAUACAGAAAAACAAUUUGGAUUUGAAUGCUGAAUUACGAAGUUGUUUUACGGAAACGCAAAUGCCACCACUCUUCAUCCAUGAAAUGCCUUUAGAUGAAUAUUUCACAAAAUCAGACCUUUUCCAGCAAUAUCUGAAGAUGUAUAUGAAGACAAAUUUGAAAGCAAAGAUUGGCUCCGAGAGUGAAGAAUACGAAGAGAAAAUGGAUCAAACCGUUGAUCAGUUGCUGAUUCUUGAAAAGCAGCUGCAUGGCGCGGAACUUAAAUUAUUGCAAGCGAGAACACGCACUGCUGGGUACAAGAAGAUGACCGAGGAUUUAGACAUUAGUAAAGUGCAUACUAUGACGUCCGGUCAACUCAAGAAUGAGAUUCGAGAGCUGGAUCUGAGCAAUCAGCAUUUGAGUAUUACUUACGACGCGCUCAUGAAUGAGCUUGAAACGCUUUUGCAAAGCUUGUCGCAACAGCAAAUUGAAAAUAUCCUUUAUGAGAAUACAAAAAUAAAAUUAGAACGAGCUGGGAAGCGUUUGGAUACGGUGAAAUCGCUUGCCAAUUUCGUAUCUGAAUCUUUAACUUACGAUGAACUGGUAUGGAUUAUGAUGCAAUUGGAUCUGGAAAAGGUUAAGAGCUUCUGUGACAAUGAAACGAACGUAUCAAGUGAUGCCCAAGCAUGCACAAAACGGAUAGAAUCCAUGUUACAAUAUAAAUCCAUUCCCGCUAAUUUUUAUUCAGGGAUUUUUGUAAGUCGUAUGGCCGAUCAGUUGGUGGCUUCCCUACAGCUCCAAAGACCAUGUUCGGCAAAAGCUUGUCUGUAUGAGUAUGAGCGUUUCUGUCGGCUCUCCAACUAUAAGUUGAAAGGAAUAGUGGAGAAAAAGCACUACAGUACGGAGCUGAGACUAUUAGAUAGUUUGAAAUCUAUAGAAAAAAUAUAUUCGGCGUAUGUUUUUGAUGGGCCAAUUGAUGGACCAAUGUUCGAGAAUGUAAAGUUCCUAGAACCUAUCUAUGAAGCGAGAAGAACAAAAGAGGAUAUUGAGAAGAUGAUUCGUCGGAUCAGAUGUGAUAUACAGGCAAACAUAACGGACAAAAUGCAUUCUGACCGGUUUUGGCGAUUCCAGCAAGUACUCUGGAUAUGGUUUCUUACAGAACCGAAAAAAGUGAUUCAAGCUAUUGAAGAGGCGAGAAAAGCGGCAUCGAAAAUAUCAAGUGUGAAAAUGCUGGCGGGUAUUAAGAGGAAAGAAAGUGAGGGCUGAGCGAUUGUUGUGUUUACAUAAAAAUAAAACUUCUUUUCAAAUAAGAA